GGCUCCGCGGCGUUGUGCAGAUCGGGGCCGGCAGCACCUACAGCCUUUGCGUCGACGACGAGGGCGCCGUGUGGAUGUUCGGCGAGGGCCCCUGCGUCACGGGUGCCUUCAACGACAAUCCGGCGCCCGUGUGCGAGCCGAGGCGCGUCCCCUGCGAGGCUUUCGGCGGGCGCAGGGUGCUCUCCGCCGCUUGCGGGGACGGCCACGUGGUCGCGCUGACGGCCUGGGACCCUCACCGCUGCCUGCUGCAGCCGGGCGCGUGGUACGCGGAGGCCGCGCUGGGACCCCCCUGGCGCCCGGCGCAGGGCGACGCCCCGAGCGAGCUCGUCCUGUGA